GUUGAACUGAUGGCAGAAAUAGGAUUAGAUGCAUACCGAUUCUCUAUCUCCUGGUCAAGACUAAUACCGGAUGGCAGAGGACCUAUUAACCCCAAGGGUUUGGAAUACUACAACAACCUCAUUGAUGAGUUGAUUAGCCACGGGAUCCAACCACAUGCUACAUUAAUGCACUUAGAUACACCACAGGUGUUGGAGGAUGAAUACGGUGGUUUUCUUAGUGCGCGAAUUAUAGAAGAUUUCACUGCAUAUGCUGAUGUUUGCUUUAAAGAAUUUGGUGAUAGAGUUGUAUAUUGGACUAUUAUCAAUGAACAUAUAUUUGCCUUAGGUGGUUAUGAUAAUGGCGCUUCACCUCCUGGUAGAUGUUCUUACCCUUUCGGAAUUAUUAACUGCACGAAAGGAAAUUCAACAACUGAGCCAUAUCUUGCUGCUCAUAAUAUGUUGCUUCAACAGAUUCUACAGAAGAUAAAAUUGCAACACAGAGAGCGCAUGAAUUUUUUAUUGGCAGUGUAUCUGAUGCAACCAACUGUUGUACCUGAUGCUAAGAGUUGUUGUACCUGA